GCUCGCCGCAUCUAUUUUCAAGCGCCGGAAAUGGGCCUUGUCUUCGUUAGGAGGAAGAAGGAAGUCGCGUAGCGGUCGAGGCAGAGGUUGCCAUAGAGACUGCAGUUCCCGAAAGGCUUUGCGGCAGCCGGCCCGCCUGCUGAAAUCGGUGCCCUUGGGCCGGAGGCGGAGGCAGAGGCAGCGAUGGCGCCGCAGAUGUUACCCGCUGCCAGGUUCCUAGUGAAAGGAGGCUUGGUUGGAGGUGCUGUUUACAUAGUCUAUGAGCAAGGACUCUUAAGUGGCAGUGACCAGGGGGCUGAAGCACUCCGGAAAGCCCAGGAGGCAUUGCCCCCAGCUGUGGAGGAAUGGACCAGAUAUUUUGGUUGGCAGCUUCCAUCAAUUCCAAAAACUGAAUUUUCUUUUGCCAAUUCCUGGAACUCAGGAGUUGAGAUGGUCAUCGGUGCUCUCUCUGUAGCCCCGACCAGGGCUUGUGAAUACACACAGCAUGGCUGGAAAUACCUGAAGGAUCUCAUCAAAUGAAACCCUACCAAAGAGCAUUGGUUUUUCUUUCUUUCUUGAUGACUCAGGGGGAAUUGACAGCUGCAGGUUGGUCCUGGGGCUUGGAAUAAAGACCUGGCAACCAA